AUGAAUUUUAUUCCGUACAUGGAUCAUAAAACUGUCUUAGUGACGGGAUUCUUACCGUUUAAGUCCGGUGAAAAUGGUAUAUCAAUUAAUCCAAGCUUGGAGGCCGUAAAGUUGAUGGAUACUAGUCGGUUAAAAGACCGAUUGAAUAUCACUGUGAUUAGGGAGGCGGUGCCGGUGGAAUACGAGUAUAUCGACGCGAAUAUGCAUAGGAUGUGGGGUCAAUAUAAACCCGACUUGACUAUUCACGUUGGGGUAUCCAAUCGUGUUGAAGAGUUUACUUUAGAGAAACAGGCGAAUAGAACCACGUACAUAUUCCCGGACAACUGUGAUUGCGUACCCUACAGACACGAGAACCGGAGUUACGGUCCUGAUUGUUUAGCCACCGAUUUACAAGUUGACCGGAUCUGCGAGACUUUUAACAAGGGUCUGAAUAAAUUGUCUUUGCAAGCUAUUUCAUCCAAUGAAGGUGGAAAAUUUGUUUGCGAGUACAUUUACUACACGUCGUUGUGUGAGCAACUUAAUAGGAGUAAAACGUCAUUGUUAAUCCACGUGCCUAUGAUGGAGGCUGAAAAGGAGUUCAGAGAGCUGGCUGAAGGUCUCGAGCGCUUGGUAGAAAUCUGUGUUGAACAAAUACGACCAAAAAGCCAAACACCUGAAAUGUCAACAUAUUAUGAAUAUAUUUUAUAA